AUGCCGCCCCGGCUCAACCUCUUCGCCGCCAGGACGGCAGUCCCUGUCUUCCGCCAACCCACCACACCACAGCGCUCCAUCGCAUCCGCUUUUAUUCGAACCAACGCCGCACCAUGCACACAAUCCGGCGCCCAGCGACGAUGGAACUCAUCGGGCUCUGACGAUAAGAAGAAAUUAGAAGAUGCGCAGCACGCGGCUGAUCCGUUGCCGCAUGUUAGCCAGGAGGCUGCCGAGAUCAAUAACAUUAUGGACAAGGAGAAGAGGUGUGAUGGGACGCCGUCAAGCCCGGAGCUGGAGCAGGGGACGAUGGUUUCAGAGAUUCUCUCCCGCGAUAAGGAAGCUCAGAAGCACGCGCCCAAGGUAUUCCAGGACCAGAUGAACAAGGGCCCGUCCGGGUCUCGCUCAUUUUCGACAUCUGCUCGUCGUCUACAGGUUGAGAGGCAACCCGGUGCUGGGCCUGAAGAGCCUAUCUCUGAUACUGAGCAGGCCGCUCUGUUCCAGAACAUUAUUUCAGAAGCCACCCAGGAACCAGAGGAGCUGGCCCCCGGGUUGAAGUAUAAGGCGCCCAAGUCGCUUCCGCGGACGGAGAACUUCCGGUACCGGUAUGAGCCGGUCGUCGAGCAGUUCACCAAGAACCUUAUGCAGGAUGGGAAGUUGGCGACUGCGCAAAAGAACAUGUCCAUCAUCCUCGACCACCUUCGCUCCUCACCAGCCCCCCAAGUCAACCCUAACCGGCCUCUCCUUCCCGGUCCCCCCACCCCCCAGCUCCCACUCAACCCAAUCCUCUACCUAUCCCUCAUCGUCGACUCUGUCGCCCCGCUCAUCAAACUGCACAACGCAAAAGGUAUCGCCGGUGGUGGCCAAACGCUGCAAGUCCCCAUCGCACUCGCGGAGCGCCAGCGCCGCAGGGCCGCCAUUGGGUGGAUCAUCGAUGCGUCGAAGAAGCGGCGGGACGCGAAAUUCGCGCACCGCGUUGCGAACGAGCUUGUUGCUGUUGCGGAGGGAAGGAGCGGUGUCUGGGAGAAGAGGGACGGUGUGCAUAAGCUUGGUAUCGCGGGUCGUACCAGCGAGCGAUUCACGCCUACCACACCGCACACCGUGUCGUCGAAUGCAGGUGGACAAGGAGUGGCACGCUUCGCUUCUGCGACGAGUGCCCCAGCUGACGAAGUUCGCGUGAACCCCGCUUCGCAAGAUAUCGAGCUCGUCGAGUAUCCCGCCCGACGUACCACGGGGCCCCCACACCACAGUCAACUCACGAAAGUCGGGUCUCGAACCCCUCAACCUUCCCAACCUCAACCCUUUCAGAAAACAGGCCAUCGUCCGUCAGGUCGUCUCCGCUGGGGCCAGCCUGUAAAUCUCCGUUACUGGGUAGAAGCCCUUCAUCGUCGCUCUGAAAAGACCGAAGACUGCGACACAACAACUCUCAGGAUGAAGUUUUCUCACAGCAUCCAGUUCAAUGCCGUUCCGGACUGGAGUGCGUAUUAUAUCGCCUAUAGCAAUCUAAAGAAACUGAUAUAUUCGUUGGAACAACAGGCCCAUCGAGUCAAUGAACCAGGGACUGACGUCGAGUCCGCGCCUUUGCUCGACAGUACACCAAGUGCCGAUAAAAUAUUUCUGCAGGCUCUCGAUGCGGAGUUGGAUAAGAUACGCUCUUUCUAUCGUGCGAAAGAGUUGGACAUCUUCACGGAGGUUGACGAUGUUAUGAGAGAUGCGGAGGAAUACACAGCAAAGGCAGCUGGGGCCAACAUGAACCCGAUGCACGAUGGCAUGGCCAAAGCGAGAAGGAUGAGUACGGGAUCCGGACAAUAUCAGCCAGGCGACUUUGGUCUUGAUCAUGAAAGACGCCAGAGCACGACCAGCGAGCCAGCUGCUGACGAGGAUGACGAGGAUAGCGAUGAGGACGCUGCGCGUCCAUCAUUAGGCCAGUCACACAGUGCCCACUUCGAUGAUGACCGUGCCGAUGAUAUGAGAAGCUCAAUCUGGACAGAUUCUAGGUACGGCUUUAGCAGUCAGGGGUUUAAUAGGCGCGGGACUCAGCCCGAUCAGUUCACCACCGAUCCGACGCUGCUAGAUCUCUACAACUCCGCAGCUUCCCUGAAAAAACGGAUCGUUGCUGUUUAUGUUUCUCUCUGUGGAUUGAAGUCGUAUAUCCAGUUGAAUAAGACUGGCUUCUCCAAGGCCCUGAAGAAGUACGACAAGACCGUGGAUCGCAAUCUGCGGCGGGAGUACAUGGCCUCCGCCGUAUCUUCGGCCUACCCUUUCCUAAACUCGACCAUGGAAAAAGUCGAGGGAUUUAUCAACCAGAUCGAGACCCUAUAUGCGGAUUUGACUACGAAUGGCGACCUGUCUCUGGCCAAGCGCGAGCUUCGCUUGCACCUUAGGGAGCAUGUCGUAUGGGAGAGGAACACUGUAUGGAGAGAAAUGAUUGGCAUUGAAAGGAAAGCUCAAGCUGCCAAUGUUGGUAUUCGCCGGACUCUUCUAGGAGGGGACGAGGAUCCUGCAGAGGCGCGCCGACAGGGUGAUGAACAAGUAGCUCCGAGCAAGGAAUUCCGGACACCAUUUGGAGUGAUUAGUGCGCCAACCUGGCUGUGGAGCGCAAACUUUGCAACUCUUGUUUUGGUGAUAAUCGUAUUCGCGGUGCUACUCUCGGUGCCGAUCAUGCAGAAGCCCGAACAGCAAAACUGUUUGGCGAUGCUCGUUUUCGUGAGCUUACUAUGGGCCACUGAGGUUAUCCCGCUGUUCGUAACUUCAUUACUUAUUCCGUUCCUCGUCGUGCUGCUCGGCAUCCUGAAAUCAGAUGAUAAGCCUUAUAAGCGUUUGGGACCGAAAGAGGCUACCACUGUUGCCUUUGGCUCCAUGUGGACCCCUGUUAUCAUGCUGCUUUUGGGCGGAUUUACCAUAGCCGCAGCGUUAUCAAAGCACGACAUCGCGCGACGUAUGGCGAUGUUUGUACUGAGUAAAGCCGGGUCUAACCACCGUGUUGUGCUGCUCACCAACAUGUUUGUGAGCAUGUUUCUCAGCAUGUGGAUUAGUAACGUAGCAUCCCCGGUUCUCUGCUAUUCAAUCAUUCAGCCUCUAUUGCGCAACCUUCCGCCGGAUUCCAAAUUUGCCAAAGCGUUGGUUCUAGGCAUUGCGCUGGCUGCUAAUGUCGGUGGUGCAGCGUCACCAAUUGCCUCUCCGCAGAACAUUAUCGCCCUCCAGAACAUGUAUCCCUCCAUCAGCUGGGGUACAUGGUUUUUCAUCUCGUUGCCCGUCUGUAUUAUCUCGAUUCUGUUAAUCUGGGUGCUUCUACUGGUUACCUUCCGCCCAGGCCGGGAUACUACGAUUGUGCCCAUUAAGCCAUUGAAAGAUAACUUCAGUGGCCUACAAUACUUCAUUAGUAUUGUCACGCUAACCACAAUCGGCUUAUGGUGUGGCAGCCACCAGCUCGAGCAUGUGUUUGGCGACAUGGGUGUGAUUGCGAUCAUCCCCAUUGUGCUAUUUUUCGGUACCGGAAUUCUGAACAAGGAGGAUUUCAACAAUUUCCUAUGGACAAUCAUCAUUCUUGCCGCUGGCGGGCUCUGCCUCGGCAAGGCAGUGACAUCUUCGGGGCUGCUGCAAACCAUGGCAGAAAGCAUCCGGGAGCGGGUCCAAGAUUUCAGUCUCUACGGAGUACUGAUUGUAUUUUCGGCGCUGAUUCUGGUCGUUGCGACGUUCAUUUCGCACACUGUCGCAGCGUUGAUCAUGCUCCCUCUCGUGCGACAGAUUGGCGUCAGUAUGGACGACCCACACCCGAAUCUGCUGGUGAUGGCUAGCGCGUUGAUGUGCUCAGUGGCCAUGGCUCUGCCGACCAGUGGAUUCCCAAACAUGACCGCCAUUAUGACGGAGGUGCCGCAGACUGGCCAGCGCUAUUUGCGAGUGCGACACUUCUUCACGCGGGGUAUCCCUGCCAGUCUGAUGUCAUGGGCAGUGGUCGUCACAAUUGGUUAUGGACUGAUGCGUGUUGCCGGAUUGUAG